AUGGCCUUCCUGGUGGCUGGGACCCUGCGGGUGGCCGCGCAGAUGGCAGACGCUCAAGACAGCCUGGGGAGAAAGGGGAAGUACAGCCUACAGGGUCCAAGGGUGGCCCUGAUACUCAGCAGCCCUGGGGUGCCCACUGCUAUGGUCGCUGCCCUGGGAGGCGUUUUCCAAGCCCUGGGCUUUGAGAGCUGUGAGAGGAGGGAGUCCCCUGUCCAGGGCUUCCUUGAAGAGCUGACUUGGUUCCGGGAGUACCUGGAUGCCCGCGGGGGCCCUAUGGGCUGUGCCCUAGUGGCCUUGGUGGCCCCCAGCGGACAGCUGAGGCAGCCACAGCGGCUUGUCCAGGAGCUGAGCUGCUGUGGGGCUCUGCGGGGCUGCCCCAAAGUCUUUCUGCUGCUCUCGGCUGGCCAUGGGGCUGCCCCGGAGCCCGGAGCCUUCCUCGCUUGCCUGGGAGAGCUCUGUGGCCGCUCUCAUCACUGGUCCCUGCUGCAGCUGCUGACAGAGCUCUUCUGCAGGGUGGCUGAGGAGUCCACAGGGGGCACCCGCUGCCCAAUCCUUCGGAGUUCCUUGAGGGGAGCGCUGUUCCUGGGGGGCGUGGAGCCCAGGGGACCUGAGCCAGAACCCAGCCUUAGUGCUCAGUAUGACCUGUCUGGGGCCAGGGCUGCCCUCCUCUUGGCUGUGACCCAAGAUCGGCCUGGGGCCCAGUACGACCUGGAGGUGCUGGGGGGCCUGUGUCAGGCCCUGGGCUUUGAGACCACCCUGAGGACAGACCCUACAGCCCAGGCUUUCCAGGAGGAGUUGGCUCAGUUCCGGGAGCAGCUGGACACCCGCAGGGGCCCUGUGAGCUGUGCCCUUGUGGCCCUGAUGGCCCAUGGGGGGCCACGGGGGCAGCUGCUAGGUGCUGAUGGCCAAGAGGCACAGCCAGAGGCACUGGUGAGGGAGCUGAGCCGCUGCCAGGCGUUGCGGGGCUGCCCCAAGAUCUUCCUGCUUCAGGCCUGCCGUGGGGGGAACAGGGACACUGGCGUGGGGCUCACAGCUCUACCCUGGUACUGGUGCUGGCUGCGGGCACCUGCAACCAUCCCUUCCCAUGCAGACAUCCUCCAGAUCUAUGCUGAUGCCCCAGGCAGCUCCUCCGGGAGCCCCACUCCAGGGAGCUCUGAUCAAGCAGACAUCCUGUCCGUCUAUGCAGCCACCGAGGGCUGUGUGGCCUAUCGGGAUGAAAAGGGCUCAGACUUUAUUCAGACGCUGGUGGAGGUCCUCAGAGCCGAUCCCGGGCAAGACCUCCUGGAGCUGCUGACUGAGGUCAACAGGCGGGUGUGUGAGCUGGACGUGCUGGGCCCUGACUGCGACCAGCUCCGCAAGGCCUGCCUGGAGAUCCGCAGCUCGCUCAGGCGCCGGCUCUGCCUGCGGGCCUGA